AUGCAACACGAAGCCAAUGCGCCGAAGACGGACGAUGGCUCAGUCGUCCACCUCGAGGGACUGGGAUUGAAAGACCCAGCUGUAUACGAGGACAAAAUCAUCCAAUCGAGUCUGCAUGAUGCCAAAAGCCAUCGCAGACUCCGGCACAAGAUCGAUCGACGACUGAUCCCUCUUUGUGCCUGGCUCUAUCUGCUCAACUACCUGGACCGGUCCAACAUUGGCAACGGCAAGAUCCUCAACCAAGAGACGGGCGACUCGCUUCUGCAGAACCUGGGCAUGGACGGCCACAAGUAUUCCCUGGUCAUUACGCUGUUCGCCCUCGCCUACAGCGCGUUCGACGUCCCCUCCAACUUGAUCCUCAAGCGCUACGUGCGCCCAUCGUACUGGCUCGGCUUCCUGUGUUUUGGCUGGGGUGCUUUGACUCUGGGGUUUGCGUUCUUGCAUUCCUUUGCUGGAGCCGUGGUCACGCGCCUCUUCAUCGGAGUCUUUGAAGCAGGAUUCUAUCCAGGGAUUGUCUACAUCAUCACUUUCUGGUACCGGCAAGAAGAGAGAUCGAUCCGGUUGGCCCUCGUGUCGGCGUCCUCGUCGUUGGCCGGGGCUUUUGGUGGCUGUAUUGCGUAUGGAGUCGGCCACAUGAACCGCAAGGGAGGCCUCGAAGGUUGGCGAUGGCUGUUUGUCUUCGAAGGCAUCUUGACCAUGCUCUGCACAAUCCUUCUCGUCUUCUUCCUCCCCAACUAUCCGCAAGAUGCCAAGUGGUUGUCUGCAGACGAGAAGAAGUUUGCUGUGGAGCGUAUCGCCGAGCAGGACGGCGGCUUCUCACGGGAGCGUGCCAGUCGAAGAGAGGUCAUGGAUACUUGUUUUGGACCACGCAUGUUGACUCAUUACGUGACCUAUUUCACCAAUGUCGCCGUGGUGAGCUCGCUGGUCUAUUUCUGUCCCACCAUCGUCGCCGGUCUUGGAUUCAGUUCCAUCACCGCCCAGCUGAUGACCGUCAUCCCCUGGGCACUGGGCUACGUGGUUUCGCUGAUCUUCGCCUGGAGUGCGGACCACUAUAACGUGCGCGGCUGGCUGAUCGCGGCGGCCUCGACGAUCUGCGGCAUCAUGUUUGUGGUCAUCAGCGUGCUACCGGCCCAUGCGUAUACGGCACGCUUUGCUUGCCUCAUCGUAGCUUGUUGUGGCUGCUUUCCAAACACGGCGCCUUUGACGGCAUGGAUGACCUGCAAUGUCCCCAGCUCGAGAACCAUGGCCCUGGCGGCUGCCAUGAACAACACGGUUGUGGGGAUCGCCUCCAUCAUGGCCGUCUGGGUUUGGAAGCCCUCCGAGGCCCUACGCGGCUUUCCAACCGGCAAUAUCGUUUGUGCCACCUGCAGUUUUGCUACGGCGGCGUUGGCUGUGGGCUUGAGGCUGCUGUACGGUCGCAUGAACAGGAAUGCCGUGUUGGACUCGACAGGCUCCAACCGUGUCUGGGCAUACUGA